AUGGCUACCCCUAGUGUCCUAGCUUUUGACGCUGAGGGUUGUGCCAUUGACUUUGAGGUCUGGCUCGACGACCUGCAGCUGUUCUUACAGUGCGAUAGGGCAGACGGUCUUUCUCUCUUUGACCUCACCUCUGGCGCCGUCCCUGCCCCUGCUGCUGAUGCUGACGCCACUGUUCGCUCACAGUGGGCCACGCGCGAUGCUGUUGCACUUGCGCGCUACUCCUCCCCUGCCACUGCUGCACUGAGCCGCCUCAUGCUCCCCUUCCUCUUCCCUGACCUUGCUGCCUUUCCCACUGUCGCUGACCUCAUUACGCACCUCCGCACUAGUGACACUCGCUACCGCGCUGCGCUUCCUGCUGACUUCUGCACCAAGAACCCCCCCCCCCCCCCCAUGUACAUCUCUCUCUACUUUUUAGUCACUCGCCUCCCUGACUCCCUUCGUGUAGUCCGGGACCACUUCCUCGCGGUCUGUCCCACCACCCUCACUGUCGACAGCCUCGAGAAGGCCCUCCUAGCGGCGGAGAAGAGCAUAGUCGCUGUAGGAGCCUCUCGAGGUGACCCCCGCGUCCCCAUCUUUGAGGGGUGUUCUUCUUCCCCUCUCCUGCCCUCUGUCGCCUCUGCCGCUGCGGCCGACCUCGUUGGUCUUGAGUCGGUCGGUGCGGCGUCUGCCCCUAGUGGGAGACGUCGCUCUGGCAAGGGCAAGGGGGGCAAGGGAGCGGGUGGGGCCUGCGGGGGCGGUGGAGGUGGCGGUGGAGGCGGCGGAGGGAGUGGGGGUGGCGGUGGAGGUGGUGGCGGGGGUGGGGGUGCUAGUGGCGGCAGUGGAGGCGGGGGUGGCGGCGGCGGUGGCGGUGGGAGCGGAGGUGGCGGAGGUGGCGGCGGUGGAGGCGGAGGCGGGGGUGGCGGUGGCGGUGGCGGUGGUGGAGGUGGUCGGAGUGGCGCUUUGCAGCGGAGCAGCACUGGGGGUGGUCAGCGCCAGCAGCAGCAGCAGCAGGAGCGUUCUCGCGACCUCCCGACGCCUCAGCAGCUCCGUGAGUGGUACACCCAGCGUCAGCGUGGUGGGGGUUUUGGUCCCUGCACCUACGUCCUUCGCACUGGCGACCGUGCUGGAGAGCAGUGUGGGGGUACCCACACCGCCCAGCGCUGCUUUGGCCGCCUGACGGACGCUUGGCGCCAGCAGUUCCCGGAGGCCGCGGAGAUCCCCCGCUGGGGAGAGCUGUCUAGGGCUGGUUUAGCUGUCUUUGAACUUGACUUUGAUGCUAUCCUUGCUGCCAUGUAUGCUGUGACCAUUAGUGAUAAGGGUGACUGUUACCGAUGUUUCCCGCCAGACCCGGGCAUUGGUACUGCUGCUCUAGGUGUCAGUGAGACUUCUGCUCUAGGUGCCAGUGCGUCUGUGCUCUUAGGUACUGGUGAGGCUGCUCUCUCAGGUACUAGUGAGUCUGCGCUCUCAGGUACUGCAUCGGCCUCGGCCUCCCACACCUUCACUCUUGACUCUGGAGCGUCUCGCUCCUUCUUUCGGGACCGCACCACACUCACGCCGCUUAGUCGGCCGGUUGCGGUGUCCCUGGCUGACCCCUCUGGGGGUCCUGUCCUGUCUCGCUUCUCCACAGUCCUCCCGUGUCCGGCGGCUCCCUCUGGCACCCUGUCUGGUCUCUACCUCCCCUCGUUCUCUACGAACUUGGUGAGUGGUGCUGACCUACAGGAUGCGGGAGUCCACCAGUUCACCCCUGCUCGUCAGCGGGUGACGCACUGCACAGAGGCUAGCACAGGUCGUCACCUGGCUACGUUUACACGUCAGCCAGGGUCGAGCCUGUACACACUGACCACUGCUUCUCCUCCAGUUCCUGAGUCUGGUAGGGUCCUAUCUUCAGGUCAGGUGUUUGCUGCAGCGUCCUGGUCUGGUCCUGAGUCUGCCCCCUGUUCGUGUCGUCGCCUGUCUCACGAGACUCUCCUCAGGCACCACCGCCUGUGUCGCCCCUCUCUGCUUCGGCUCAGAGGCAUGGCCUCCCGUCUUCUUGUGUCUGGUCUCCCCCGGUCCCUCCCUCCCCUUCCUCAGGGCCCUGGCCCUGCCUGUGUCCCCUGUGUCGAGGGGCGCCAGCGUGCUGCCCCUCACUCCUCCCAGUUUCCUCCGACAGAGGCUCCGUUGCAGACGCUUCACAUGGACGUGUGGGGCCCUGCCCGCGUCCGUGGACUCGGUCACGAGCGCUACUUCCUGUUGGUGGUAGACGACUACUCGCGUUACACCACAGUCUUCCCCUUGCGCAGCAAGGGUGAUGUCACUGAGACCUUCACGCUUCUGGACUCACCGCAGCAAAAUGGGAUUGCAGAGCGCCGCAUUGGCAUGGUCAUGGACGUCGCUCGUACGUCUAUGAUGCAUGCGGCUGGGCCCCAUUUUCUGUGGCCGUUUGCAGUCAGGUACGCGGCGCAUCAGAUCAACCUCCACCCUAGGGUCUCCAGGCCGGAAACCUCCCCAGCUCUGCUAUGGACGGGAAAGGUUGGCGAUGCGUCGGCGUUCCGGGUCUGGGGAUCUCGGGCGUUUGUCCGCGACUUGUCUGCGGACAAGCUGUCCCCUCGCGCUGCACCCUGCGUCUUCCUGGGGUUCCCCCCGGACGCCCCUGGGUGGCAGUUCUACCACCCCACCUCUCGCUGUGUUCUGUCCUCCCAGGACGUCACGUUCGACGAGUCGGUACCCUACUACCGCCUCUUCCCCUACCGCACACCGUCCCUCCCCCCACCCCCGCUCUUCUUGGUACCAGGUCCCCCCCCGGUAGACCCCCUCCCCCCUCAGGGUCCUGCCCCUUCAGGUGUGUCCCAGGUAGACGCGGUCGAGCCUGUCGAGGUCACUGGUGACUCUGGUGCUGCUGUGGGUGCUGAGCCUAGGGGUGCUGUGCCUGGGGGUGUUGUGCCUGGGGGUGCUGAGCCUGGGGGUGCUAAGCCUGGGGGUGCUGAGUUUGGGGGUGCUGCGCCUGGGGGUGCUCAGCCUGGGGGUGCUGAGACUGGAGGUUCUUCGCUUGGAGGUUGUCCGGGUGCUUCGUCUCGCCGAGAGCCACUCUCCCCACAGGAGCUGCGUGAGUGGUUUGCCCGGCGCUGGAGGCAUGCUGCUGGUGCUGGAGGUUCUUCGGCUGCUGAGGGUGCUGCUGCCGCGUGUCCCGGAGGUGCUCGUACUGGGAGUACUGGAGCUGCUGGGCCCGCGGGUUCUCCUGGAGCUGGUGCUGCUGAGCGUGUUGGCACUGAGACUACCGCUGGCGGUCCGCCUGGCAGUGCUCCUGGUACUGCUGGAGGUUCUGGGGCUACUGGAGGUGCUGCUGGGGGUUGUGGAGCUACUAGAGGUGCUGCUGGAGCGGGUACUCUUGCUGGGGGUGCUGGUGCUGUCCCUGCUGUAUCUGGCUCACAGUCACAGCUACAGCCUACCUCCCCUUUGCUUGCUCCUUCUCCCUACACUGGUCCGACUGGAGGUCUUACUGAGCGUCGUGAGCCUGCGUCACGUCCUGCGUCGCCUGUUCGUGCUGCGCGCACUAGUGGUCGCGGUUCGCGUCAGCGUCCUCCUCCUGUCCCUGGCACGCACCGGAUGUCUCUGCGUCCGUCCACUGCUCCUCUACGUGCCCCUUUGCCUUCUCCUCCUGCUUCCUCUCUUCCUGCUCUUGCCGACCCGGAGUCGGACUCUCUUCGUGCUACAAGUCCUACUGUCACGCGUCUCCUUGCUACUGCCGUCACUGACCCUUCUUUCGAGUCUUUUGCUGCGUCUGCCCUUGUUACUGAGCUCGUCCACUUUGCUGCGCGCUGUCGUCUAGACUACGCUGCUAGUCUUGUCGCUGAGCAGGAGGAGUUCCAGUGUCUGGCCGCCGCUUCACCUCAUCUCGCGUCUGUACUGCUCGCCCUUGAGGGAGACCCGGAUGCACUAGACAUCCCGACUCCGCGCUCUUACGCGGAGGCGAUAGAGGGUCCCUACUCCUCUCAGUGGCAGGCAGCUAUGGAUGCAGAGAUGGCGUCCUGGAAGUCCACAGGCACCUACGUUGACGCUGUCCCCCCUCCUGGGGCGAACAUCGUCAGUGGCAUGUGGAUUUUCAGGGUGAAGUGGCCGCCGGGUUCUCCGCCUGUCUUCAAGGCACGUUACGUGGCUCGUGGCUUCAGUCAGCGGCAGGGAGUUGACUACUUUCAGACCUUCUCCCCCACUCCGAAGAUGACCACUCUUCGGGUACUGCUGCACGUUGCUGCUCACCGUGACUACGAGUUGCACUCUCUCGACUUCAGCACUGCUUUCUUGCAGGGCAGCUUGCACGAGGAGAUCUGGCUGCGUCGCCCACUUGGUUUCACUGGGUCUUUCCCUCCUGGUACCCAGUGGAGUCUCCGGCGUCUAGUCUACGGUCUCCGCCAGGCGCCGCGUGAGUGGCACGACACACUGAGGACUACGCUGGCGGCACUUGGGUUCGCUCCUUCCACUGCAGACCCGUCGCUGUUUCUGCGCACCGACACCUCUCUGCCGCCGUUCUACAUCCUCGUGUACGUCGACGACUUGGUCUUUGCCACAGCUGACACUGCUGGACUCGCCUACGUGAAGUCCGAGCUGCAGAAGAGACACACGUGCACUGACCUGGGUGAACUGCGCAGCUACCUUGGCUUGCAGAUCACCCGGGACAGAGCACGCCGCACCAUUACCCUGACUCAGUCACACAUGGUGCAGCAGGUCCUUCAGCGCUUCGGCUUCACGUACUCCUCGCCUCAGGCCACUCCUCUGCCUACUCGCCACUCGCUCUCAGCUCUGCCUUCGGAUGAGUCCGUAGAGUCGAGUGGCUCGUACCCAGAGCUUGUUGGCUACCUCAUGUACCUGAUGACCUGCACACGACCUGACCUUGCAUACCCUCUUAGCAUUCUCGCACGCUAUGUUGCUCCUGGGAGACACCAACCAGAGCACAUGGCUGUAGCGAAGAGGGUGUUUCGCUACUUGUGCAGUACGUCGGGCAUGGGGCUAGUGCUUGGAGGGCGCAGUCCAGUGGUCCUCACUGGGCACGCGGACGCUUCUUAG